AUGAUGUUUCAAAUUCUAACCUGGCUUCUUGUACCUAUUGUCAUGUCUUUAACUCCGAUACGGCAAUAUCUUAUUUCAGCUGAUUUUCUUAGUGGAUUCAAAGCAAGAGAAUAUUCUAUUUACGAUCAGACAGGCCAAUAUCUUCAAUAUCGGAUUGAGUCAAGAUAUCAUGUUCUACAAACGAUUGAAUUAAUUGCUUAUCCAAGAAAGAAUGUUACCGGUAAACUUCAAGCUAGUAAAAAUCCUUUCGAAUAUGAAGCAGAUUUUGAAGUUUAUGAUGGUCGUAAACAGAAAUGGUCGAAAGGUUCUAUUAAGCAACAUUGGCAAAUAUUUGGAAGUAAUUUUACAAUUAAAUGGAAUGAUCAUUGA